GUGGUGCGGCCGGCGGGCGGCGAUGGCGGCCGUACGGGGCCUGCGAGUGUCGGUGAAGGCGGAGGCCCCGGCGGGGCCGGCCCUGGGGCUCCCGUCGCCUGAGGCGGAGUCCAGUCUGGAGCGUGGCGAGCCGGAGCCCAUGGAGGUGGAGGAGGGCGAGCUGGAGCUCGUGCCGGUGCGGCGCUCGCUGAAGGAACUGAUCCCGGACACAAGCAGAAGAUAUGAAAACAAGGCUGGCAGCUUCAUCACUGGAAUCGAUGUCACCUCCAAGGAAGCAAUUGAAAAGAAAGAACAGCGAGCCAAGCGCUUCCAUUUUCGAUCAGAAGUAAAUCUUGCCCAAAGAAAUGUAGCCUUGGACCGAGACAUGAUGAAGAAAGCGAUCCCCAAAGUGAGACUGGAGACAAUCUACAUUUGUGGAGUAGAUGAGAUGAGUACCCAGGAUAUCUUUUCGUAUUUUAAAGAAUAUCCUCCAGCUCACAUUGAAUGGUUGGAUGAUACCUCCUGUAAUGUGGUUUGGCUGGAUGAAAUGACAGCCACACGAGCCCUUAUCAAUAUGAGCUCUCUGCCAGCCCUGGAUAAGAUAAGAAGCAGGGAUGCCAAUGAGGACAAGUCAUCUGAGAAAAGUAAAAAAGACAAGCAGGAGGACAGUUCAGAUGAUGAUGAGGCUGAAGAAGGAGAAGUUGAAGAUGAGAACUCAAGUGAUGUAGAGUUGGACACGUUAUCUCAGGUAGAAGAAGAAUCUCUGCUAAGAAACGAUCUUCGUCCAGCUAACAAACUUGCUAAAGGAAAUAGGUUAUUCAUGAGAUUUGCUACAAAAGAUGACAAAAAGGAACUUGGAGCAGCCAGAAGAAGUCAGUAUUACAUGAAAUAUGGGAAUCCAAAUUACGGAGGCAUGAAAGGAAUUCUUAGUAAUUCUUGGAAGCGAAGAUAUCAUUCCCGUCGCAUUCAGCGGGAUGUGAUCAAGAAGAGAGCCCUGAUUGGGGAUGACGUUGGCUUGACAUCCUAUAAACACCGACAUUCCGGACUAGUGAAUGUUCCUGAGGAGCCCAUUGAAGAGGAGGAAGAGGAAGAGGAGGAGGAAGAGGAGGAGGAGGACCAGGACAUGGAUGCAGACGACAGGGUGGUGGUAGAGUACCAUGAGGAGCUCCCAGCUCUCAAACAGCCCCGGGGGGGGAGCGCAUCUAGGCGGUCCAGUGCCAGCAGCUCAGACUCUGAUGAAAUGGACUAUGAUCUAGAACUGAAAAUGAUUUCCACUCCUUCACCAAAGAAAAGCAUGAAAAUGACUAUGUAUGCUGAUGAAGUGGAAUCUCAAUUGAAAAAUAUUAGAAACUCCAUGAGGGCAGAUACUGUAUCCACAAGCAAUAUCAAAAACCGAAUUGGUAACAAAUUGCUGCCCGAGAAGUUUGCAGAUGUCCGACAUUUGUUAGAUGAAAAACGUCAGCACACACGUCCACGGCCACCCGGCAGCAGCACUAAAUCAGAUAUACGCCAGCGAUUAGGAAAAAGACCAUAUUCUCCAGAAAAGGCUUUUAGUACUAACCCCGUCAUUCGGAGAGAGCCCUUUUCUGAUGUACAUAGUAGGCUAGGUGUUCCCAGGCAAGACAUUAAAGGCCUCUACUCUGAUACUCGGGAAAAGAAAUCAGGUAGUUUAUGGACUCGCUUAGGAUCUGCACCCAAGACCAAAGAAAAAAACACGAAGAAAGUGGAUCCCAGGGCGCCCGGCACUGAGGAAGAUGACUCUGAGCUGCAAAGGGCAUGGGGGGCUCUGAUUAAGGAGAAAGAACAGUCUCGCCAAAAGAAGAGCCGCUGUUACCAGCACCCUUUUCCCAAGAAAAGUCAAUUCCCAGGUGCUAAUUGGACAGCCUUCGAGGGGGAAGAUGAGGGAAGCUGCCAGCUCACCCUUCCAGGACCCUAGUGUGGGGGCCGACUCUCAUGGACCUGACUGCAGAGGUGCACCAGUGCUGCCCAGGUAGAUAAGAGACGCAGCGUCGAUCGUGCUUCUGGUCCUCCCUGGGGAUUUCUGUUAGGGGCCUCUUGUUAGUGAUCAGCUUGAAGUGAAGAUCAAGUUCAGUGCUGUGGGAUUUUUAGGAAAAAUAAACUGUGACUUCUGGAUUUGGGGUGGAUUUUUGUGCUAGGGGCGGGGUCAUGGGUUAAUGUUGAACAAUUUUUAAGUGUGUAUUAUGUUUAAAAAAUAUUAAUGAUUUAAAAGUUUAAAUUUUUAAUUUUUAUAUGUGAAAAUACUUUCUGUUGGCUACAAAGGAAACUCAAGUGGUGUCUUCUUGUGUGCUGUUAAAUAUAUAUUAUAUACUUUGGAAGAAGGCAAA